UUAAAAAAGCCCCAAACAAAAGCAGCAGCAGCAGAAUGUCCGAUCAUCUCCCUCAUGAGUUGAUCUUCGAUAUACUCUGCGUAUUACCUGUGAAGAGUAUAAUUCGGUUCAAAAGCGUAUCGAAAUCAUGGCGUUCUCUGUUUGAGGAACCCUCUUUUCUCGAUUCUCAUCGCAAGCAAGCCAAUAAGUCGCUGAUUAUACAAACUGGGGACUUGAGGCGUACAAAUAGCACGAACUUCGUCGCGUCCGAUUUGGAUUCCCUCGACAGAUUCAAAGAAAUCACCUUCCCUCCCGACCUCGGAAGAUCCUCCUAUUCAGGGGUCACAGUUAUGGGAUCUUGCAAUGGAUUGGUAGCUUUAUCUUGCACAUAUGGCGAGAUGCGAACAGGAAUUGAGAUUCGAGAAGACGUUAUCAUCUGGAACAUCUCAACUACAGAGCGUCAAAUUAUUCCAGAUCCAUUUUGGAAGGGGUACUAUACGUGUCUUCCAGGAACAGCAAACGUCGGCUUCGGCUACGAUUCCGUCAGCGAUAGUUAUAAGAUAGUGAAAAUAGUACACCCUGGGAGUAAUUUAUUGCCAGUGUUGUACAAUCUGAAAAGAAAUGAAGUGAGUUGGAGACUUGGAAAAUUUCGUGGCCCUGACUCUGGUUUACAUGUUCUUGCAAGGGGAUUGUUAUUCGAAGAGUCCUUGCAUUGGGUAGCACUUUUACACGAGACAAAAAAAUGUAUCAUUGUUGGUUUUGGUCUUGAGAAUGAAGAGUUCUAUCAAGUGCCCCUGCCAGAUUGCGCUGAGAGUAGCAUUGCUGUUGGUGUAUUGGGAACAUGUCUUUCGAUGACCGACACAUAUACUUUUCGACAACCUUGGGGAGAGAUAUGGGUAUGGGUGAUGAACAAGUAUAUGGUCAAAGAAUCGUGGACCAAGAUUUAUAGGAUUGACGUUAUUGGGAAUGUUUUGGGGUCGCCGGUUGGGGGAGAUCGAAUUCUCUUGCUUGGGUGUGUAGAACGAAAUCUGUAUUUGUACGACCCGGUUAAGAAGGAAAGCAGUAAGGUGGUUGAAAUCCCUGGUGGCUUCUGGGAUGGACUAGUUUAUCAGGAAGGUUUUACGAAGAUUAGUGCCAUUUUAGGUGCAUUGCCAACAAGAAGAAUAUUCAAGCGCAACGCAUACGAGGAAUAUUAUACUUGGAGGAAGAAAAGACCAACGCAUUAGUAAUAUUUAUUUAUCUUAGUAGUAGUACUGAAUGAAUAAUUAGGGCAUAUUGCCAUUUUCUCAGGAUCCACAUAAAUUAUCAAGCACUCUUAUUUAUUUCUUUUCACUCCCUUUCUAUUAUAAUAUUGAUGUACGUAGAGGUCACCGUCUCUUUUUCUACUUCAAUUUUCUACUUAAUAAAUGUUUACACUUAACGUUUGAGUUUGA